AUGUGCUCCAAGUAUUCAGCUCUAAUUGGAAUUUUUAUCUUGGCAUUUCAAAUAGUCCAGAUCACUUCCUUGGCUGAGCUGACAAAUUUAAAAUGUAACUCACUUGACGAAACGUUUGCAGCAAUUGAAUACUGUCGAAUUAAAUCUGUCAAUCGGACAUACAAAUAUUUUUCCGUGAAAGUUGGUCUCUUUAAAAUUCCCAUAAGUAAUGUUACAAUAAAUUUAGCCGCCUUUCAAAGACUUAAUGGAUAUAAGCCUUUUCUUUACAAUAUUACAUUCGAUGCUUGCAAAUAUUUAGCUUCUACAAACAAGAAUCCGAUUGUUAAAUAUUUCCAUGAGUUCAUCAUUCCAUACACUAAUCUGAAUCACACCUGCCCAUAUAAUCACGAUAUGAUUGUGGAGAAGGUCCCAAUAGAUUUUAUAAAUAAUCGAUUGACACAAGUAUUGCCGUUUCCUUUGGGAGAUUAUGCCCUCCAUACCGAUAUGUAUUACCAUGGGAUUAAUCGUCUCAAAUUUAAAAUCUAUUUAAGUUUAAAAUAA